ACCCUAGAAGGAGCCUCCUCAAUCCUCAUCACUCAUCAGAGAGACGCACAAAAUACACAUAAAAGUUAAAAAGUGGCGACAUACAAGCGUGGCCUCCUGUCUCUCCUACCUCUCCCCACGUAACGUAAGCCUCGAUAACGACGCGUUCAGUGACUCGAACCUCUGUCCUUCCCCUUUCCUUCUUCUUCACCCUUCCUCCACUCUCUCUCACCUCUCUCCUCUUUAAAGCUGCGCUCUCCUUCCACCCUCUCCUCCCCUCCUCAAGGCUCAAAGCCUCAAACCCCUUCUCAUCCCUCUCUGUUUCUUUUCCUUUUUCUCUCUCUAGAUUUUUCACUCUUUUGUUCUCCUUAUUUAGGCGAAAAUAGAUCAAAAGGCGAAAUGGGUUUAUAUAGUCACCUGAGCGACGUCUCGUCGGAUUCGAUCCCGUUACUUCUGGUGGCAAUCGUAGCCAAUUGCGUAAACUAUCUGCGCUCCCUGCUUUUCGAGUUCCUCCAAUCGAUGGGGUUCUCUAGGUUCUUACAUGUGGAAGAGGUCGGCGAUGGGCUAUUGGGCGCCGUAGGCUCAGGCUUAGCCGGGCUUAUCGUCUUGGCCGACCAGCUUAAAGUGAAUGGAGGAGUUUCUUCCUAUUGCGGCAGCGACGACGGCGAGGGGACUGAGCUGGACUGUGUCGUGUGCUUGUGUAGGUUAAAGGACGGCGACCAGGUGCGCAGGUUAGAGUGCCGCCAUGUGUUCCAUAAGGACUGUUUGGACGGCUGGUUGAAUCACCUCAACUGGAACUGCCCCCUCUGUCGGUCGCCGCUGGUGUCGGAAGAGCGACUCGCCGCCACCGAGAGGCGUGUCGCUGCCGAUCUUGUCACGUGGUUCUCUAUGCGCUGAUCCUUUGAUGAUGACGAAUUGACGACGAUGAUGAUGUAUGGGAAUGGGAUGUAGGGUGAUGAUUAUGAUGAUGGUCAUGACUCAUGAGGGUAACCUUUUUUUUUAUGUUUUUUUUUUGGGGGCUAGCGGCGGUUCUGUCCGCCUUCCUGGUUCAUCUUUUUUAAUUUUUCCGUGUUUUUUGAAGAAUUCUAUUGUUCAGGGUUCUUUUUCACUGCUGUAAUUUUGGACUUAAAAAUGUAAAAUAAGAUGACGAAUGGUGAGACACAGACACUGUGCUUAAUUUCAUUUUUAUUAAAUGUA